AUGCAGCUUCCUCAUUGGUUGCUAGGCACAUGUCUGUGGUUGCUAUGCAUCACAGAGGUCUGGACAGCAACCUUUAAGCUGGCUCUGAUUGGCCCGUGGUCAUGUGACCCCAUGUUCUCCCGGGCCAUGCCGACGGCUGCGGCAAACCUGGCGUUGUCACGGUUACGCAGAGACAGCGGCCUCAGCAGAGGGUACUGGUACGACGUUAAACUGCUGGACGAAGAUUGCUCCACCUCCAAAGGUACGUCAACCAAUCAGCUGACAGGGAUUUAACUCAGUGAGUAAGAAUCCAGAAAGUUUAUCCUGAAGUAUUGAAAUUGUUUUUCAGCGCUCGUAGAACUCGGGGAGAUGGAGGGAUAUGGUCACGCCUACAUCGGACCCUUUAACCCCGCCCUCUGCCACGCCGCCUCCCUAUACGCUCAGCAUUGGGAGGCGGGGCUAGCCUCUCCAGGCUGCCUGGAUUCUAGCUGGCCAAACCUCCCUCCUAUCACUCCUCCCAGCAAAGUCCUGUUCACCGUCCUCAGGUUCUUCCGCUGGGCGCACGUCGCCGUCAUCUCAGGUAAGGGGCGUGGCGUCACUGCACAGGUGGCGGUCAGACUUUUAUGGGUGUGGUCUCGUCAUGAUAACUCUUUAUUGGGUCUCCAGCUCCGACUGACCUAUGGGAGAGCACCGGACAGGAAGUGGCCUCAGCACUCAGAGCUCUGGGACUGCCGAUUGGUCCGGUGGUUACCAUGGAGAAAAAGAGGAAUGGCGGACCUCGGGAGGCGCUUCGAGAGAUCAGAGAGGCAGACAGGGUCAAAGGUCAGAGCUGAAGAUAUAACCGAUCACUGAACACGUUUCAAAAGUUUCAAACAUUAACGAUCAAUUAACUCUUUAUUUUUAACCCCAGUUGUGAUCAUGUGCAUGACCUCUGCUCUGAUUGGUGGAGAGGACCAGAAGGAGCUCCUAUUGGAGGCUCUGGACAUGGGGAUGGUUUCCGACGGUUACGUGUUUAUUCCAUAUGACGCUCUGCUGUACGCCAUGCCUUACCAGGUGAUCAAUCACCCCAAUAAUCAACUAUUCUGCCUAUAUGUUCUAGUGAAUCUGUUUCCUUAUUGGAUUGAUCAAAUUCAUGUAGUUCCCUCUGUGACCUGAGGGGGCGCUGCUGCUCUCUGUUCACUUUAAUGCUGAGUUAGUCAUUCGAUAAUAAAAUGUUGAUUCUGUCGGCUCAAAUGAACAAAUAAACUGCAGUUCCUCCUGUGUCCACCAGGGGCGCUGUCCAGCAGUGAGUCAGUAGUUCUUUAACAGCUGAUUGUUUCCCCCUCUGUCCAAUCAGGAGACGGCGUUUCCUCAGCUGACCAACAGCACUCAUCUUCGUUACGCCUACAGCGCCGUUCUGACGAUUACCAUGGCGUCUGACGAAGGUUUCUACGAAGCUUUCCGGGAGGCUCAAUUACAGCGAGAGAUUCGCUCGGCGGUGUCCGCCACAGAGGUAACACACACAGGGAAUACACAACUUCAACUACACAUCAGGGACACACAACAAUCAGUGCGUUUACAUGAACAGUUUAAUCGGACUAAGCUCAUUGACGUGAACGUGUCCUCCUCCCCAACACUAGGGGGCGAUACGGGUCUUUUCAGCGGCGCUGUUUCUGGACGAUUUUUAAAGAUGUCUCUGUUCCUCGUUUUGCGACCGUCUGUAAACUUUAAAAUGUCGGUUUCUGUAGGACAGGAAGCAGAACGGCGUUUUCCUCGUCGUUCCUAAAGUCGACGUUCUUUCGUGUUUCAGCCGUGUUGUUGCUUCUGAGUCGAAAAUGAUAGCGCCACUUCUUCUUUGUUGUUUUUGUUCCGGCACGCAUGCACUGUCCGAUCAUUCUCCGACUUCGCUGGUCACAUGGUCGAGAAAAUCGAAUUCCAAUCACAUUAUCUGGGUGUCUUGAUCAGAGUUGGUGUUUACAUGACCUUCAGUUGUCCGGUCUUAAUCGGAAUAAGGCGAUAAUUCGGUUCUCUCGAGUGUCAUGGAAACGGACUGACUGUAGCUGAACACACACACACGAGUCAACAGCAACACGUUGACGUAAGUUUUCCCUGGGUUUUGUCUGCAGGUGUCUCCGUUUUUUGGGACCAUCUUCAACAUGGUGUACUUUGUUGCUAAGGCGGUGGAGGAGCGUCGCCAGGCAGGGGGCGGGCACUGGGUGACGGGUGAUAAGCUCAUCCACUCAGACGGAGGCUUCGAAUUCCAGGGUUUCAACCAGGUGAGAAACUUUGAAAACUUUGAAAAAACAGGUCAACUUUUUUGUUUCCAACCUGAGUCACAUGACCAAGGCCUCAUCCCGCUCUCUCUGUAGGUGUUGUAUGGAGGAAAGGAGGGGCGUGGCCUCCAGGCCAGGUACAUUGUAUUGGACAGUGAUGGUGACCGACUCGUGCCGACUCACUCGCUCGCACCGACCCACACAGACGGGACGGUCGGAGGUCUGAGACGUCUGGGGAACGUCUUCAUCUUUCCUGGAGGAAAACCCCCCAUGUCCAGCUUCUGUUGGUUCGACCCGGACGAGUCCUGCAAUGGAGGUGCGUUCAGCGACCCUCAGGAAGGGUGGGCACUUAGAGUUCAGGAGAUUCAUUCUCAGACAUCCGGGUUAUUCUGUGUCUGAAAUGAGGCGUUCAGGUGUUGCCGGUAAAAAAACAACAAUCUUCAAAUAUCGUGUUUUUCUGCAGGUCUGGACUCGACAACAUUACUGUUCCUCUUCGUGGUAUUCUGCAUUCUGGUCGGAGUUUUAUUCUACUGGAUUAAGUAAGCACACACACACACACACACACACACACACACACACACACACACACACACACACACACACACACACACUCGCACACACACGCACACACACACACACACACACACACACACACACACACACACACUUGUUGUCCAAUCAGUCUGGUUUCUACCAAAUAGGUCUAAUUUUUUUGUUGAUGAGGUUCAAAACUGAUCAAUGAUUUAUCUGCAAAUAUCAAAACAUACUCCAGUACUACUCAAGAACUUUGUGUGUGUGUGUGUGUGUGUGUGUGUGUGUGUCUGUGUGUCUGUGUGUGUGUGUGUUAACAGGAAGUACAAGAGAUCAGUGAACAUCACCAAACUGAUCCUGACCCUGGAUGACAUCGUCUUCAUCGACACCCAAGUCAGCAGGAAGGUCAGUUUCAUUGUUGUUUUUGUUGUUUUUGUUGUUUUCAUGUUUGUUUUAGUUUGUUUACAUGUUUGUCUUUUGUUGUUUACAUGUUUGUCUUUUGUUGUUUUCAUGUUUGUUUUAGUUUGUUUACAUAUUUGUCUUUAGUUGUUUUUGUUGUUUACAUGUUUGUUUUUGUUGUUUUUGUUGUUUUCAUGUUUGUUUUUGUUGUUUUCAUGUUUGUUUUUGUUGUUUUCAUGUUUGUUUUCUUUGUUUUUGUUGUUUCUGAGUUUGUUUUUGUUGUUUUUGUUGUUUACAUGUUUGUCUUUUGUUCUUUGCAUGUUUGUUUUAAUGUUUGUUUUUGUUGUUUUAGUUGUUUUCAUGUUUGUCUUUUGUUCUUUGCAUGUUUGUUUUAAUGUUUGUUUUUGUUGUUUUAGUUGUUUUCAUGUUUGUCUUUUGUUCUUUGCAUGUUUGUUUUAGUUUGUUUACAUGUUUGUCUUUUGUUGUUUACAUGUUUGUUUUAGUUGUUUUUGUUGUUUUUGUUGUUUACAUGUUUGUUUUAGUUGUUUUUGUUGUUUUCAUGUUUGUUUUUGUUGUUUUCAUGUUUGUUUUUGUUGUUUACGUGUUUGUUUUUGUUGUUUACGUGUUUGUUUUUGUUGUUUACGUGUUUGUCUUUUGUUGUUUACAUGUUUGUUUUUGUUGUUUACGUGUUUGUUUUAGUUGUUUUUGUUGUUUUUAUAAUUGUUUUUCUUGUUUACUUGUUUGUCUUUUGUUGACACGCUGACAUUAGUUGAUUUUGUUGUUGUUUCUGUAGAAACUGAACGAUGAGUCCAUCAUGAGGAGUCUUCUGGAAAUCAAAACUCCGUUCCGAUCCAUCGCUCGAAGUUACAUCCUGACAACUCCUGAGAGCUCCAACAUCGGAAUACUGGAGGUACAGCUGUGUCUGUGUGAUUUCCUGUUUACCGGACUGUGAACCUGGACCUGUAUGACUGCAGUCCAUCAAAUUUCUAACCCUGGUUGUUUAGCAGUACACCUGUACUGACCUGUGCUCUGAUUGGUCGGUCUGUUUCCAGGGUGACUGGGUUUGGCUGAAGAAGAUUUGUGCUGGAAAGAUGGUCACAGUUGUGAACCAGAGUACCCAGAACCUGUUCAGCCAGGUGGGAAACACUCGAUCAUCACUCUGAACAAACCUCCCUCAUGUCCCGGUGAGCAUGGUUACGAGACAUAAAGCUUGACUGAGGACUUUAUUUCCUGUCUGUCCAGCUGAGAGACAUGAGACACGAGAACCUGAACGUGUACCUGGGUCUGUUCCUGGACUCGGGUAUCUUUGCUCUGGUGGUUGAACACUGUCCCAGAGGAAGUCUGGCGGACUUGUUGGCCGACGGAAACAUGAGACUGGACUGGAUGUUCAAGAGUUCACUGCUCAUGGACCUCAUCAAGGUACCGAUUACACUCACAUGGUACUACAGUUACUUUUCUCAAUACUGUUUGGACCUCAGAUCAAGAGUGUCUCUGAACUGUCCAAACUGUGAUCGGGGUUUUGGGUCCUGUGACUUUGUUUCAGGGGAUGAAGUACCUCCACCUGCGAGGUUUGAGUCAUGGUCGUCUGAAAUCCACCAACUGUUUGGUGGACGGGCGCUUUGUUUUGAAAAUCACGGACUAUGGACUUCCCGUGCUCCUUCAUUCCCAGAACAUCAACGUGACUGAAGAUCCUCAAGGUAGGAGAUGAGUCUUACCCCCAAAUUCCGCCCCAUCCGGAACGCCUACGAAAAGGUCGUAUCCUCCGAUCGUAGCUGAUCGUAACCAUUCAAGUUAACGUGUCAAUUUACACCGACUUCUUUCCGUUCCUCUGCCGAUCACCGGACUCCUCAGCUGAUCACAAGAGUUCACAAGUGAAAGGUUUUUAGACGUCAUUUCACCCCGAUGACACCAUGGAUGAGGAGAUGCUGAUUCUAGAAGUCUAGAAGUAGAUUUCCUCCUCUGGAAGGACACAAUCUACUGCUUAUAUGUCAAUGUGUCUGUCUUUAUAGAGACAACUCGUUAUCGCAUGAUUGCAUGUGAAUCCGUUUGAGAGCGUGAUUCGGUAAUUCGCCACAAAAUUCGCCUCACAAUCCGGUAGGAAUUGGCAGACGGAUCGCAGCUGUUCGGGAUGCGGUGAAAAUCUGGGGUUAUACUUGUCUGUUUACACCCGCCGGCCUCUGCAUGUCUCUCUCUCUCUCUGUCUCUGUCCGUCUCAAAUGUCUGUCUUUGUCCGUCUCUCAGAGCUUCUCUGGACAGCUCCAGAACUCUUGAAGAAUCCACUCCGAGGAGGAACCUUUUCUGGAGACGUCUUCAGUUUCUCCAUCAUCAUACAGGAAGUGAUCACCCGCACGCUUCCGUACUCCAUGAUGGACAUGCCGGCCCAGGGUGAGACAGGACACUGUCUGUCUGUCUGUCACUGAGUCUGUCUGUCUGUCUUUCUGACCCCCUUGUCCGUCCCUCAGAGAUCCUGGAGCGUCUGAAACACCCCCCUCCUAUGUGCAGACCUCUGGUUUCAGUGGACGAAGCUCCUGCCGAGUGUCUCAGCCUGAUGAACGACUGCUGGAAUGAAGAUCCGAUAAAGAGGCCGAACUUUGACGAAGUCUUCAAACAGGUGAUUGGAGUGGCUAAAGUGGACACCGUGAGUUCUCCAUCCACAGACAAACAGAGAGUGUGACGAGAAACCGGAGAAAUGGCGAGCCAAGACAUGAACCAGAACCUGAACUUCUUUAGACUGGACUGUCCCUGUUCUUCUGUCCAGUUGACUGAUGGGGUUUUCGUAGAUCUUUCCUCAGUUGUCGUGCUCUGUGUUCACAGUUUCGGGGCAUCAAUCGGGGGAAGAGGGCGAACAUCAUUGACUCCAUGUUGCGGAUGUUGGAGCAGUACAGCUCAAACCUGGAGGAUCUGAUCCGGGAGAGGACGGACGAGCUGGAGGUCGAGAGGAACAAGACGGAGAAGCUGGUUGGACAGCUGCUGCCAAAGUAAGGAAAACCAGACCUGGUGGCUCAGUGGUUAGUGAUCAGUGUGAAGGUUCCCUGGUCCAGAUCCCAGGGGAGACCUACGUAGUCGUCAGAGGGUUUGUAGGUUCUCCUGAAGCAGUGAUGUAACCUGUGUGUGUGUGUGUGUGUGUGUGUGUGUGUGUGUGUGUGUGUGUGUGUGUGUGUGUGUGUGUGUGUCAGGUCUGUGGCUCAGGCUCUGAAGAAGGGGAAGCCGGUCCGGCCCGAACAUUAUUCCGACUGCACUUUGUACUUCAGUGACAUCGUGGGAUUUACGACCAUCUCGGCGCUCAGUGAACCCAUCGAGGUAGAAACCGCUGAUUAUACGAAAAUGACGAUCAUCUCUGAUGUCGCUGUUUUUUCGGUGCUGAGCGUGUCCGUAUGUGUGUUCAGGUGGUGGACCUGCUCAACGACCUGUACACCAUGUUUGACGCCAUCAUAGCUCUCCAUGAUGUGUACAAGGUGAGAGAGACGAGUUCUCGUGGGGGUUACUCUGUGACCCUCGGACCGCUGUGACGGCCUCUGGAUUCCUUUACAGGUGGAAACCAUCGGUGACGCCUACAUGGUGGCUUCAGGGGUCCCCAACAGGAACGGAAAUCGGCACGCCGGGGAAGUGGCCAACAUGUCUCUGGACAUCCUGCACUCCAUCGCAGCUUUCAAGAUCAGACACAUGCCCGAGAUCAAAGUCAAGAUCCGAAUCGGCCUGCACUCAGGUACCUAGUCUAUGUUCCUGACAACACAGUAGAUCAAAACAGCCCCUCCCUGAACCGUCUGAGUCCUUCUGUCCCUGAACUGUCUGAGUCCUUCUGUCCCUGAACCCUCUGAGUCCUUCUGUCCCUGAACCGUCUGAGUCCUUCUGACCCUUCUCAAGAAACCGUCUCCUUCUGGACCCGUGUCUUCCUACAGGUCCGGUGGUUGCUGGCGUGGUUGGGUUGACGAUGCCCAGGUAUUGCCUGUUUGGUGACACGGUGACGACAGCAUCUCACAUGGAGGCUACUGGAUUGCGUACGUAAAAAAAGAGUCAACUCAGUUAAUGACUUUACAGAGAAUUAAUUAACACAAGAAACUUUAUAUGGCAGUACCGGAACCAGGGGGAACAGAACCGAGCAGGUAUCAGGGACGGCCUCUGAGACACUGGUGAAAUCAGACACAGCAUAGGCGGGCAGAGCAGCAGCAAAGAUCCUGGGGAACAGAGCCGAGUCUGCAUUACCCCCAAUUUCCAUUGCAUCCAGAAUGGCCACAAAAAGGCCAUAUCCGCCGAUCAUAGCUGAUCGUAACCAUAACCGACUUCUUUCCGUUCCUCUGCGGAUCGCCGGACUCCUCAGCUGAUCGCAAGAGUUUUAUUUUUUCUGGACGCCGGAGCAUGGCGGAUAAAUCCAGCACAGAUUAACCCGUGCUGGAGAGGAAGUCGGCACAAAAGUCUAGAAGUGGAUUUCCUCCUCUGGAAGGACACAAUCUACUGCUUUUACUGUUAGCCUUUGUGGCCAAGAGACAAAUUGAUUUUGCGCGAUUGCACAUGAAUUUGUGGGUUCUUGUGAGUUCUCAGGAUUCCCGCUGUCUGUAAUCCGCCACGAAAUUCGCCUCAGAAUCGAAGCCGGGAGGAAUUGGCAGACGGUAAAAAUCGUUGCCGUUCCAGAUCGGAGCUGUUCCGGAUGCGGUGGAAAUUGGGGGUUAGUCAUGCUUAAAGGUGGAGCUGUCGGCUGAUCUUGGUCUCACUUUAAGAUCACCUGAUGUGUUGCGGACUGGGCUUGACUUGGUGGCCUUCCCCGGACUUAGACUGUGCGGAGUCAGAGGAAGACCACUUGGACCCCAGAAUGUGAAGUGUUGUGAUGUUGUGUUUGUGGUCUCCAGCCUACAGGAUCCACAUCAGUCUGAGCACGGUGAAGGUCCUGACCAGUCUCAAACUGGGAUACCACAUAGACACCAGGAAGGCAACGGUACGCUCACCUGCUGGGACACUAAACCCUGUCAAUGAAAACCAGGAUCAGGAUUUUGGUCUGCUCUGUUAAAGGUGACGGUUUGUUUGUGUCUGCAGGUAAAGGGGACCAUGGACACCUACUGGCUGAUGGGUCGAGAGGGAUUCAAUAAACCACUUCCUGUUCCCCCAGACCUCACCGGAGGGUAAGAUAGAAAAACUUUCAGAUUCACCCUUUCAAAGUAAAACUAAUAAAAACAAACAAAGACAGGUGUCAGGAUAUACCUCUCUCUCUCUCUCUCUCUCUCUCUCUCUCUCUCUCUCUCUCUCUCUCUCAGGGCGAGUAAUCAUGGCAUCAGUUUGGAUGAGAUUCCACUUGAAAGGAGACAAAAGUUUCUGGACCGACAGAAAGGGAUGAAGAAAUGAUGCCAACAUAUAAAUAUAUGUACACACACACACUCACACACACACACACACACACACACACACACACACACACACACACACACACACACACACACACACACACACACACACACACUACCUCAAGGACUGUUGUGCUUUAAAGGACAUUAAAUCAGCUGUGGAGAAAUUUCAGCCAAAACGACAAACAAGUGAAAUCUGGACAACGUUCUGGACAGACGAGAACCAUGAUGACGAAGAUUUCUACUUCCUGUUUGUUACUGGAGGGCGCUCAGCUGUGAUUGGUCAAUAACAUACCUAUGUCAUAUUCAGAAGCAACCAGUCAAUUCCUGUGCCUCACGUGGUGUCGGAUAGAUUUCACUGAAGUAGACAGAAGUUGUGAGUUUCUACUUUGUAGGUAUGUUGUUUCUACUGACCGGGACUGACUUUGGCUCAUGGAAAAGGACUCCCGGAUCUGUGUGAGGUCUGAUGUCAGUGGUUCAGUACUGUCUCUUGUCUGCAUACACCAUGAUACUAUAUGAGGCUGAUCCCAGGAUGCCAGAAGAUGAGGGCACUGUCACCUCACACACCUGCUUAAUCAAGUCCUAGACCUUCUCCAGGCUCGACAUAGUUCUGUUUUCUGUGCAGACGGACUGGAACUGAAGAUACUCAAAGAGCCUGAACAGAAUCCUCAGAGUACAGCCGUGUGUUUCCAUCAAAUCCAACCUUUCUUUGCUGGAACAUGCACAGGACUCGUUCAACUCGUUCGACUGUCUGAAAACGUUGACAUGUCCUGAGGCUAUCGGCGCCCCAGAACACCUGCCUCUGAACGGGAACAAGAGCAAAGGGCAUUGAUUGGUGUGAUCCACGUUCACCUUUGAGUCAUCCAGUGACUUAGUUCAACCUCUUAGCAUCCAUAUAAUGACCAGCAACCAAAGGUCAGAAAUGCCUCAACUCACCUAGUGCCAUGGACCUUAGACUCUGUGCUUUAGAUCUUUCAGGUGGGGGCUGAGAACUAGUCCAGGAGUCGUAGAAGCCAAAGACAAACACUCUAGACCACUUUCUGUAAAACCGCUCAUGGCACAACACCUUCGCCCAAAGGUCACCAGACAACCCGGGGAUUCCACUGGAUCUGAAAUGGCUUCACUCCACUCUGGACCAACAGGCGGAUCAAAUACCCAAGUAUAUAGUGCCCACCGGAUCCAGUCCGCCAAGAAGCUCUCAGAAUAUUACUGAUAGUUCUGACUGGACAAGCUCUCGGGAGAUCUUGCGUGUUUCCUCAUGAGGCAUUGAAUGAGAUCCUCUGAUAGAUGUAUGUAAACACCCACAUCCCUCAACCCUGGCCUCUCCUAUUAUCAAGCUAAGAACAAUUCACUGUGUUGACUUUAUUUUAUUUUGAAAAUUAACCAGAUAUUUUACUUUGUAACCGCAUACAACCUCCGCUGCUGCUCAUGCGGGGCUGUACUGAACUGAUGCGCCGUGCGAAGCCUUGCGUAUCUGAUCCGCCUGCCGUGCUGGAGCGGAGCCGUUCCAGACCCUGUGGGUUUUGCCCGUAACAGGGUCACUCUGUAAACCAGAACACCUGGUGCUCUUAUGCUACGUUCGAGUUUCCUCGGAAGUCGGAUGUCGGAACUGAAAAUGACGUCACACCCGAGUUACCAGUGUUUCAGUUACCAAGUCGGAAAAAAAGCAAAAUCGGAGGCCUGAAACAAGAUGGCUUCAUCUAUGAAAGUUAUUUUAGCACUUGCCUAAUAUUCAGACAAGACAAGAUACGAUUUUGCUUUUUUUUCAACUUGGUAACUGAAACGCUGGGAACUCGGAUGUGACGUCAUUUUCAGCUCCGACAUCCGACUCCCGAGGAAACUGGAACGCAGCAUUAAACAGAUGCAGGUCCGUGGAUCCACAGUUGGAAUAUUGAUGAACAACAAACCAACAUUUGGAUGCUGGUCUCAGUCUUAGCUCGGAGUUCGGAGCUGAGGAAACUUGUCCGAGUGAAAAUCUGGAAUGUCUGCUGUGAUGAACGUACGAAAGUACUCCUGAAUCACCUCGGUCGUGUUUUUCCGAUGAGCUUCAGUUUCUCGUUAAUGUUCCGGUAAAUAAAGUUGAGUUUAAAUGAGUCGUAGGUGGUAAAGGUUUUGUUUUCUGUCACCAUGUUAGAGACCUAACCCCGUUGACGCUGAUCUACUGGAUAAUUUUUCUGUUGUUGUUGUAAAACCAUUACGAUGCUCCAAAAGCUGCCAUGUUUCCGAUAAUUCAACAAAUAAAUGAUGAAUCUGAUAAAUCUUCUGGGUGAUCUGUGAGUUCAUGUUUGUAAGAGGGGGGCUGCUUUGUUAGGACCUGAAGACCUCAGGAAGACGAGGAGGUUUUAGGUUCAUGAUGGGUGUCCGUCUGACGUUCUUCAGAGAGCGAGAACCGGGUUCACCUGGGUACGAAUGUCUGAUGGAUACUGGAGGAGCUGAGUCGAUACUUAAAGCUACUCAGAUGUUUGACCUGGAGUAACCGGGGUGACGCGCCGCUCUACAAACUUUUACCGUGAGUCGUGAUGAUCGUUGAAAGUCCGGACGCUGAUCCUCAGAUUCAGAAAACAAAAUAAAUUUAUAGUGACGAACAAACAGGGAAAACACAACUGUCGAACACCCGCCCACAACAGUGACAUGACUACCUCUAUUCCUGAGCCCCAAGAUAACAAGACAGCGACACCUGGGGCACAAAAGGUGAACUGCACCUCAUCACAUGUUUCACAGCAACAUAUUUGGCUCCUACAGAAACACUGAACCAUGAAUGAAGACCAAAUCCAAAGACAUCUGAGAGCAGAUGAUCAGGAUCAUGGACCGCCAAGACCUGUGUGGAGGGUAAAGACCAGGUCCAUGUGUUCUGAUCCAACUGGACUGGUUCUGGUAGCACAGAGUCUCUGUCACAAAGACGUGAUUUUACGACGAGGAGAGUUGAAAUGUUUGUUGUUUCAUCAGAGAGACUCCCGUAUAGAUGCAGACUGAAAUCUAGAUCAUGAUCAUGUUUUGGUGAGCAGAUUCUGUCUUAUUUUUACACUGAGUGACCACCAGAGGGCGACAAAACUCUCCAGAGAAAAGCUCCACUCCUUCCUGAUCUGUAAAAUCCUGGACAGCAAAGUUUCUGUUUUAUCAAAGCCCUCCACCUUUAAUUAUCAAUCAAUCAAUCAAUCAAUCAAUCAAUCAACCAGUCUUUAUUUAUACAGCACUUGUCAUACACAACCAUGUAACAGAAACAGAAUUAAAAUGGAUGAACUUAAAAAGGGCUUUAAUGUGCGCACUGAAGAAACGCUGUUUUAAAACUCAAGAUAAAGAAAAAAAACAACAAAUGAACAUAAAAUGAAAUUUAAGAAAUAAUCAAUUAAAUGAAAUAAAAACAAAUUAGCUCAAUAAAAGAUGAUCCUGUGACUAAAACUAAAAAGAGACAAAUGCUAAAACACUUAAAGUUAAUGAUAUAAAAUUGAGUUAAAAGGUUUUUAGUUUGGUUUUAAAGUCAUUAAGCUUAGUUUCAGUCCUCAGGUCUUCAGGUCAGCUGUUCCGUACUAAUAAAAAGGUUCCUCACCAUAUGUUUUGGUUAUAACUUUAAUAAUGUUCACAGAGAACUUCCUGAAGACCUGAGGACUCGACCUGACUCAGAAGGUAAAUAAGAAGAGCUUUAAAAACCAAUAAAACAACCUUAAAAUCUAUUUUAAAAGAGACGGGGAGCUGAUGCAGAGACCUUCAAAUGCAGGUGUGAAAUGUUCUUUUAGGGCAUUACAAUAAUCUGUGUGUGAUGAAAGCAUGAAUUCAUGUCUCUGAUUUUGUUUUUGAAAUGAUAAAAUGACUAAAACCCGAGUUUUGUGAGUGAACAAGGUCCAAAAAUACCCAAAUUAGUGUAGUCUGUCCAGUUAAACUGAGAGGAUGGCGUGUACACCAACAUGUGACCUCAGGGUGGGCGUUUUCUCACGCUGUCGGCCUUCGCUUUGGUUACUUGACUUCUCUUGAUUGUCUGUUUUGUGCUGAGCGACGGGAUUAAGAAUCUAUUUCUGUAAUCAUCAUAUAAACAGACUCUGGAGUGGAAAUCUCCACAUGCUCCCAGAAUCCCUUCAGUGGUCGUCAAAACUCGAACUCUCCUGAGAUUUUAUAAACUUUGAUUCUUCCUUUUUACGUUUCUGAACACUUUAAUGAAAAAUGACUGAGUGUUAGUGAAGUUUCGAGUUUCCUGUUGCUGUUUUUCACUCAGAGGACAAACUUUCCUCUUGUUGCUAGGAGCGGCAGCUUCACUCAGCCUGCUCUCUGAUUGGCCCUCAGCUCAUCCCUCUGGCCAAUCAGAACCCAGUGCGUCCGCCAUAAGAAUCCAUAAUCUCUCUCUCUAUUUCCCCUUAUCAAUGUUUAUAAUGAUUGAUAACCCAAACUACAGCGAAGAGCGUCUGUUCCGUUUAUUGGCUUUAUAUGAUCCCUGAUUAUUUCAGCUUCUCUCGGACAUUUUGGACCAUAAAUGUGAUUUUUUUAAUAAUUAAACUCUCCGUUUUCUGUGAUUUCAGGACUAAAUCUAAAAACACGUUUGUAGGUUUAAAUUUAAUCCCUGUUCUCUGAUUUUCUGCCCUGAUUUCAGCCUCAGUCUGACGGUUCUCGACUGCAGGACUCUCGCUGCCGUUACCGGUUGGUGUCUGUAAUGGCGGGGCCGUCAAACCGGAAAAAAACGGGCAAUAACCACUUCCGGUUUGAUUUCAAAGUAAGUUAGUACAAAUUAAAACGGUUCUGAUGACACUUGGAACAGCACACAGGUAGGUUUAGUGUAACUGCUGUGAUGAUGUCUAGGUUUGACUUCCUUAAACUCGACAGUAACCAGGAUUAAUGUCUCUGUGAGUCUCUGUGAGUCCACUGGGUGUUUCUAAAUAAUCGAACAUCAUUAAUUUAAGGCUGAGUACUGAGUUAGUCCCAGUUUUUGGGAGAAAUCUUGAAUGUAAACUCUACCCCUCCAACCAGUUUUCCCCUCAGCUCCAGCGGCGCAACGACAUACAGCAGGUCCGUUUGACAAGCGCCCGUUAUUCCUCCAGAGUCUCCGGUAUUUACUUUGUUUUCUUGCUUGUGUCAGCAGUCGUGGCCAAAGGAGGAUUCAGACAAUUUUCCAAACUUUCUGGUUGGUUUCUACUGUCCGAUAUUGUAGCACGCUAACUUUGUUUGGGCUCCUGAACGACACGGGGGAGCAGCGUCUGCCUCACAACCAAUCAGGUUAGAGGAGGUGGAGAACGGCUUUGUUUACAGUCAGAAAGAGCGGACCGCUCAAAAAUGUUCAAAUGUUGACGACACAGACAUAAGAGAACACAGAGAUAUCAAUAUAUUACCAAAUGUCAUCAAUAACUAAUAACUAUUGACUGAUAUUAGAAAAUUUUUUUAAAUGAACCACAAAAUAAAAAGAUGCCUUUUUAAUGGAAUCCUGUCCACCCCACCUUUAAGUGUUUUUCAGCUGUGAAACUUGAUUAAAGUGAUUUAAGAGAAAUUAUGAGUACUUCAAAACGUUUCCAGAAUUUAGAGAAUAACAUUAGAAUGUCUUUAGAGGUCUUAUUACCUCCUCUGAAUUUAAGAGAACUGUUUUCGCCUUUUCGGUGACCUUUUAGCCUGUUCUGCAUAAACCGUAAAUCGGGCUUUUAUUUUGAAAUCGACUUUAGCAAGAAGGCGGAAAUGCGUCGUCCCGCGCCGCGCGAGCUUGACCUGCCGCUGGCGCUGAUGGCGGCGGGGCUGGCGGAGGGUCGCACCGAGGAGGGAGAGCGAGAAGGCGGGGAACCGGAGAAACGGAACCAGCAGCAGGCCCCGGCGGUACCGAGCAGCGACACACCGACAGACGAACAUCAUCGACGCCGAAGGAGAGAGCAGAGAGGCCGGGGAGCCCUCACCGAGGAGGACGGAGGGAAGGAGUGA